CACCAUUUUUUCACAAUGCAGAAACCUACAUCCACCCACUUUUCUUUAUAAAUGCUAGCAUUUUUCGUUGAAAAAAGAACAAAUUAAUCACACUAUUAUUCACCAUGGAUAGCUCCCAAAGUGAUGAUCCCAUCACGGAAAACAGCCCAACCAACAAACUCGAACUCGGCUCGUUUACUCCGAGCCCUUCCAUGAUGACUAAGGAAAUGAGGAAGAAACGAGCCGCGGUUCUGAUAUGCAUUUUUAAAGGGACAGAAGGCGAGCUCCGCGUGAUUCUUACUAGACGAUCGAUGAAGCUGUCGUCUCAUCCAGGAGAUGUAGCAUUGCCCGGUGGAAAGAUGGACGAAUGUGACGUUGAUGACUCUGCAACUGCUCUCAGAGAAGCCAUGGAGGAAAUUGGUUUGGAUCCGAAUCUUGUCCGGGUCGUGGCCAAUUUAGAGCCAUUCAUUUCAUCGAAUUUACUAAGGGUGGUGCCGGUCGUAGGGGUGCUAUCGAGAGUGGAAGAUUUCAAGCCGGUGCUUAAUUCAGAUGAAGUUGAUGCUAUAUUUGACGCACCAUUAGCAAUGUUUCUCGAGGAAGAAGGGCGCCACAAGUGCUUGGAGAAGGAAUGGGAAGGCUGGAAAUAUGCUUGCCACAUGUUCGAGUUCGAAUCCGAGCAGGGCAAUUUCGUGGUCGGAGGAUUGACUGCAAGCAUUCUAAUUCAUGCAGCUUCGAUUAUCUAUCAAAGGUCUCCAUCCUUCGAUCAAAACCUUCAAGAUUUUAGUGAACUGCAGUGGACUUUAACCACUCCUAAAUGAAACAAACAUUCACAAUAUUUAACAAUAUCAAAUGUAUGUUUGGAUUUAUGUUCUCUCAAAUUGUUACUAGCUUGAAAAGUAUGUAAUCAAUAACAUUUUCACACACAUCCAAGAAAAAGCAGCAAAAGCAAACAUUCCCUUAAA